AGGGGAGCAGUCACAGCAGAGAAGUGUCCAUGUCACCAACCUCGUCCACAUCCACAGAAGUGGGGCUAAUGCGCGACUUUGCUGCCUCCACAGGCCUGACAGAGGAGCAGAAGGAGUUCCAAAAGGUCGCCUUCGACUUUGCUGCCAAGGAGAUGGCCCCUCACAUGGUAGAAUGGGAUGAAAAGGAGAUAUUCCCUGUGGAGACGAUGCGGAAGGCAGCCCAGCUGGGAUUUGGUGGGAUCUAUGUGAAACCCGAUGUAGGUGGCUCGGGAUUGUCACGGCUCGAUACCUCCAUCAUCUUUGAGGCUUUGUCAACAGGAUGUGCCAGCACCACUGCCUACUUGAGCAUCCAUAACAUGUGUGCUUGGAUGAUUGACACCUUUGGGAGCGAGGAGCUGAGACACAAGUUCUGUCCAUCGCUGUGUAGCAUGGAGAAGCUAGCCUCCUACUGCCUGACUGAGCCGGGAAGUGGAAGUGAUGCAGCUUCCUUAAUAACAUCAGCCAAGAGGAAAGGCGACACCUACAUCCUUAACGGUUCCAAGGCCUUCAUCAGUGGUGGUGGCGACACCGAUGUGUAUGUGGUCAUGUGUCGCACGGGAGGCUCUGGCCCCAAGGGCAUCUCCUGCCUGGUGCUGGAGAAAGGAACUCCAGGGCUCAGCUUUGGCAAGAAAGAGAGGAAGGUGGGUUGGAACUCCCAGCCAACGCGGGCCGUGAUCUUUGAGGACUGUGCUGUUCCUGUCGCCAACCGGCUAGGCGCAGAAGGGCAGGGCUUCAACAUUGCCAUGAAGGGCCUGAAUGGAGGGAGGAUCAACAUUGCGUCUUGUUCUCUAGGAGCUGCUCAUGCCUCUGUCCUCCUGGCCCAGGAGCAUCUCACCAUCCGCAAACAGUUUGGGGAACCCCUCGCCAGUAACCAGUACCUCCAGUUCAGGCUGGCUGAGAUGGCGACGCUCCUGGUGGCGGCCCGGCUCAUGGUACGGAAUGCGGCGCAGGCGCUGCAGGAGGAGCGGGAGGACGCCAUCGCCCUGUGCGCCAUGGCCAAACUCUUUGCUACUGACGAGUGCUUCACAAUAUGCAACCAGGCCCUGCAGAUGCAUGGGGGCUAUGGGUACCUGAAGGAUUAUGCUGUGCAGCAGUUCAUGAGAGAUAUCCGAGUCCACCAGAUCUUGGAAGGUACCAAUGAGGUGAUGAGGAUGAUUGUGGCCAGGAGUCUGUUACAGGAAUGAAAUCAGGAUCUGGUCUCUAGCCUUGCCGCACUCCAUUUGCUCCCGAGAACAUUGUCUACUGCUCCUGUGUCCGUAGAUUCUCCCUGCAAGUGGGAGAUGGGAAUGGACCAGUGGAAACUCUCUUGAUUUUUUCUGAUCCUAAGGACAGCUGAAUGCAGCCCAGCUGUAUGUGGUGAUUGGCAGAGCUGCAGGUACUUGCCUGGUCUCAAGGACACUGGAGAUAAAAAUCAGACAUGGAGGAAA